CUCAACUGGUGUUGCUUGACGCCAGGCAACCCCGUCCCGUUUGCACUCAAGUACACCCUCGGCAACAUCCUCUCGCUCGGCGCCUCCUCCUUCCUGGUCGGCCCGGCACGCCAGUGCCGCACCAUGUUCGCAAAGGAGCGGCGUGCUGCCUCGCUCGCCUACCUGCUCACGCUCGCAGGCUCGCUGCUC